GACCCGAGGAGAACUUUUCUCUCUGCCGAGAUGAACAAGCUGCGGAAGCUUUUCCGAGGCAGCGGGCGAGCCUUGGCCUUCAUCUUCGCCGCCUCGGUGGUGUGGCUGCUCUUCGACAUGGCAGCGCUGCGCCUCUCCUUCGGCGAGAUCAACACCCGCGUCCUCAAGGAGGAGAUGGUGCGGCGGGAGAGGCUGCGCGGCUGGCGGGAGAAGAGCCUCGACGGCGCCCGACCAGGAGAGGAGCUCCGGGCGCCGCCAGGGGCGCUGCCAAGGGGCCUCGAGGAGGAGAAGGGACGCGGCGGCCCAAGCAAGAAGAGGGGGAAGCUGGGCGCC